AUGGCCGGGGAUCCCCUCAACUCAAACCGCCCACUUCGAGUCAUUAUAAUCGGAGCAGGUGCCAGUGGCCUUUUAAUGGGCUACAAGCUACAGCGUAACUUCGACGACCUCUCUUUCCAAAUAUACGAGAAGAACCCCGAUGUCGGUGGGACCUGGUACGAGAAUAGGUAUCCUGGGUGUGCGUGCGAUAAUCCAUCUCACACGUAUGUUUGGUCUUUUGAUCCAAACCCAACUUGGUCAAGCACGUACGCCCCAAGUACCGAGAUAUACAAUUAUUUCAAGGGUUUCCAGUUCCGGAGUAACCUGGGCGAAAAGACCAAAGUUUCGCAUGAGGUUGUCGGAGCCAAGUGGGAUGACAGGGCCGGUAAAUGGAACGUUGAAAUCCAGGAUCUUGUCAACGGUGUUGUUCUGAAUGAUUCGUGCGAUGUUCUUGUUAAUGCAGGUGGUAUUUUGAAUGCAUGGAAAUGGCCUGCUAUCCCUGGCCUGCACGAUUUCAAAGGCAAGCUUGUUCACAGUGCGGCGUGGGAUCAAAAUCUCGACCUUACAGGCAAGCAUGUAGGAUUGAUAGGGAAUGGAUCAUCCGGGAUCCAGAUUCUACCUGCGAUUCUUCCACAGGUUUCCAAGGUAACUACCUUUAUUCGUGGGCCAUCAUGGAUUGUAUCCGGUGUCGCAGGAUUUGAGCCAAGGAAAUUCGAGGAAGAAGAGAAGGAGGAAUUCGCCAGGGAUUCAAGCACACUGCUCAAAUUCCGUCGAGCGAUCGAGCAGAAUAUGAACAGGAUUUUCCCCCUCUUCCUUGCCGAUUCUCCGACGCAACAGAGAUCGCGUGAAAGCUUCACGGCUUCUAUGCAAGGCGUUUUGGAGGACCCUGGGCUUGUAGAUCAAUUGAUACCAAAGUGGGCUGCGGGAUGUCGACGAAUCACGCCUGGAGUCGGAUAUCUAGAGUCGCUCAAGGAUGAGAAAACCACAGUCAUAUAUGGAGGGAUCGCGAAGAUUUCGCCGGAGGGUUGUGUCACGGAAGAGGGUAAGGAAUACCCAGUUGACAUUCUGGUUUGUGCUACCGGGUUUGAUACUACGUUCAAGCCACGAUUCCCCUUGGUCGGUUCUCACGGACGUCAACUUGCAGAGGACUGGAAGGAUGAGCCUCGGAGCUAUCUAGGCGUCGCGGCACCUGGUUAUCCGAAUUACUACAUGUUUCUUGGACCGAAUAGUCCAAUUGGAAAUGGACCUGUUUUAAUUGGCAUCGAAGCACAAGCUGACUACAUCUGCCAACACAUAACAAGAAUCCAACAACAAAGCAUCAAAUCAAUCGAAGUGACGAAGGAAGCGGUGGACGAUUUCAUCGAAUUCAAAGAUCAGUAUAUGAAGCAAACGGUCUGGCAUCAGGACUGCCGAUCCUGGUAUAAGGGCAAUACAGCCGAUGGAAAGAUAUUGGCUUUAUGGCCAGGAAGUACAAUUCACUAUGUCGAAACCAUGAAAACCGUGCGAUACGAUGACUUCAAAAUUCGGUAUUUUGGAAACCGCUUUGAUUAUCUCGGGAAUGGGAUGACGAAGAUUGAAAUGACCCCUGAUGCGGAUUUAGCACAAUAUGUCCGCAAUGAAGAUGACGCUCCCAUAAUCGGGUCAAAGUUCACUUAUGUGAAGGCUUCGCCGGAACAACAGACUUCUGGUGAUGUCAUAACUGCGGAUUCUCGAGAAAAUGGAAGCACAUAA